AUGUCUGUCUGUAACAUUCCAUCAUCAAAUUACAUUACAAUACUUGGAUCUGCUGAAAAGAAAUUGCGAAGAUCACCUCUAUCUAAAGAACAUCAUAAAGAUUACAGAGACAGACAGAGACACAAGGAGGAUGAACAAGACAUCUUACCAAUUGGACGUCUUUCACGAGACAGCGCCAUCUUCAGGAAAGAAGGAGAGACUGGUGUCAUGAUGAGAGAACUUAUCAUGGAAUUACCAGAACAUAAACCAGUAGUGUAUGAACCAAUGGUAGAUACUGUCGGGUACGAGGGAUCUCGAGCUGAACUGUCCUGUAAAAUAAUCGGCAAACCUACUCCAACCAUUACUUGGUAA